AUGCAGAAACUUUUGAUCCGUGGUGGGAAAGUGGUGAACGCGGAUGUCUCGCAAGUGGCCGAUGUGUACAUCGAGGACGGGGUGGUGCGGGCCGUGGGGCCGCAUCUCCAGCCUUCUUCCGAUGGAGUCCAAGUGUUGGAUGCCACGGACAAGCUGGUGCUUCCCGGCGGGAUCGACCCGCACACGCAUAUGCAAUUCCCCUUCAUGGGGUCGCUGACAAAAGACGACUUCUAUCACGGAACGAAGGCUGCCCUUGCAGGAGGUACCACUAUGAUAAUCGAUUUUGCAAUCCCUGACAAAGGCUGUUCCCUCAUUGAAGCCUAUAACCAGUGGAGGAGCUGGGCUGAUCCUAAAGUCGUCUGUGAUUAUGCACUACAUGUGGCCGUCACAUGGUGCAGUGAGCAGGUCAAAGAGGAAAUGAAAAUUCUUACCAGGGAAAAGGGUGUCAAUUCAUUUAAAAUGUUUAUGGCAUAUAAAGAUCUCUAUAUGGUUGGAGAUGUAGAAUUACACACAAUCUUCAGUCAAUGUAAACAAAUUGGUGCAAUUGCUCAAGUUCAUGCGGAGAAUGGAGAUUUGAUUGCAGAGGGUGAAAAGAAGAUGCUGGCUUUGGGAAUAACUGGUCCAGAAGGACAUGAAAUGGCCCGACCAGAAGAAGUGGAAGCAGAAGCCACAUUGAGAGCAAUUACUAUUGCAAACUCAGUGAAUUGUCCUCUCUAUGUUGUACAUGUGAUGAGUAAGUCUUCAGCCAAGAUAGUGGCAGAUGCCCGCAGGGAAGGCAAAAUUGUGUAUGGUGAGCCUAUAGCUGCAAGCCUUUGUACAGAUGGCACUCAAUAUUGGCAUAAGGACUGGUCUUGGGCGGCAGCUCACGUCAUGGCUCCUCCACUGAGGCCUGAUGCUUCCACUCCAGACUUCCUCAUGAAUCUUCUAGCAAAUGGUGACUUGACUGUGACUGCAACAGAUAAUUGUACAUUUGACAUCUGCCAGAAGGCUGUGGGGAAAAAUAAUUUCACGAAGAUCCCAAAUGGAGUGAAUGGAGUGGAAGACCGGAUGUCUGUAAUCUGGGAAAAAGGAGUGCACAAUGGCAAAAUGGAUGAAAACAGAUUUGUAGCCGUUACUAGCACAAAUGCAGCUAAAAUCUUUAACCUAUACCCAAAGAAGGGAAGAAUAGCCGUGGGCUCUGAUGCGGACAUUGUCAUUUGGGACCCCAAAGCUACAAGGACUAUUUCAGCAAAGACACAUCACCACGCCAAUGAUUAUAAUAUAUUUGAAGGAAUGGUUUGCCAUGGAGUUCCCCUUGUGACCAUUUUACGGGGCAAAGUGGCUUUUCAAAGUGGAGUCUUUCAUAUCAAAGCAGGAGAGGGGAGAUACGUUCCUUGUGACCCUUUCCCAGAAUAUGUUUACAAGCGAAUCAGGCAACGGGAUCAGGAAUGUCAGCCUAUUGCUGUCAAGCGAGCACCUUAUGUUGGAAAAGUGGAGAACUUCCCUGAAUCAAAAUAA